UUUUCUUUCCUGGAUGGAACUCCUGCCAGCUCCGAGGAAGGCGGGCAGGGGCGAGCCGGGCGCACAAAGUUUCCCUGACUCCUCCUCCGCGCGUCUCCCUCCCUCGCCCAGCCCAGCCCGCGAGCUGGAGGAGCGCACUAGGCAAUGCCCGCGCCGCGCUGACUGCACGGUCCCCGCGCACCCGCCCGCCCGCCCGCCCGCCCGGAGCAGAGCCCGCGGGCGCCCCCGCCUCGCGCCCCGGCGGUGACGGCGCAGCGCCCUCCUGGCUGCGUCCCCGGUGCGCCCCGCCGCCCGCCGCCAGGUGCCGGCCCGCCGCCGCCGGGAUGCCCUGCGCGCCAGGACUGCGCACGCCGUGGCUGCGGCUGUGCGCUCUGCUCUGCGCCGUCCCGUGCGCCCCGCAGCCCGGGUCCGGCCCCGAGCCCGCCGCCUGCCCGGCCCCCUGCCGCUGCCGCGAGGACGGCGUCAUGCUGGCGGCCGACUGCUCGGAGCUGGGGCUCUCCACGGUGCCCCCGGACCUGGCCCCGCUGACCGCCUACCUGGACCUGAGCAUGAACAACCUCACGGAGCUGCAGCCCGGCCGCUUCCACCGCCUGCGCUUCCUGGAGGAGCUGCGUCUCUCAGGGAACCACCUGUCACACAUCCCGGGAGGAGCCUUCUCCGGCCUCCACAGCCUGAAGAUCCUGAUGCUGCAGAACAACCAGCUGGGAGGGAUCCCUGCCGAGGCGCUGAGGCAGCUGCCGAGCCUGCAGUCUCUGCGCCUCGAUGCCAACCUCAUCUCCCUGGUCCCUGAGAGGAGCUUCGAGGGGCUGUCCUGCCUCCGCCACCUGUGGCUGGAUGACAAUGCGCUGGCCGAGGUCCCGGUCAGGGCCCUCAGCAACCUCCCCGCCCUGCAGGCCAUGACCCUGGCCCUCAACCGCAUCCGCCACGUCCCCGACUACGCCUUCCAGAACCUGAGCAGCCUGGUGGUGCUGCAUCUUCAUAACAACCGAAUCCAGCGUCUGGGGACCCACAGCUUCGAGGGCCUGCACAGCCUGGAGACGCUGGACCUGAACCACAACGACCUGCGGGAGUUCCCUGUGGCCAUCCGGACCCUGGGCCGGCUGCAGGAGCUCGGUUUCCAUAACAACAACAUCAAGGCCAUCCCAGAGAAGGCCUUCAUGGGGAACCCCCUGCUGCAGACCAUACACUUCUAUGACAACCCAAUCCAGUCCGUGGGGAGGUCGGCGUUCCAGGACCUGCCGAAGCUGCACACGCUGUCCCUGAAUGGAGCCACAGACAUUCAGGAGUUCCCAGACCUCAAAGGCACCACGAGCCUGGAGACCCUGACCCUGACCCGCGCAGGCAUCCGGCGGCUCCCGCCUGGCAUGUGCCAGCAGCUGCCCAGGCUCCGCGUCCUGGAACUGUCUCAUAACCGGAUCGAGGAGCUGCCCAGCCUGCACAGGUGCCAGAAGCUGGAGGAGAUAGGCCUCCAGCACAACCACAUCUGGGAAGUCAGAGCGGACACCUUCAGCCAGCUGAGCUCCCUGCGGGCCCUGGACCUGAGCUGGAACGCCAUCCGGUCCAUCCACCCCGAGGCCUUCGCCACCCUGCGCUCGCUGGUCAAGCUGGACCUGACGGACAACCAGCUGACCACACUGCCCCUGGCCGGGCUCGGGGGCCUGAAGCAUCUCAAGCUCAAGGGGAACCCAGCUCUGUCCCAGGCCUUCUCCAAGGACAGUUUCCCAAAGCUGAGGAUCCUGGAGGUGCCGUACGCCUACCAGUGCUGUGCCUACGGCGUCUGUGCCGGCUUCUUCAAGGCCUCGGGGCAGUGGGGAGCGGACGUCCUUCGCCUCGAGGAUGAGGAGACGCCCAAGGGGCCGCUGGGCCUUCUUGCCGGACAAGCCGAGAGCCACUAUGACCUGGACCUGGACGAGAUGGAGGACACGAAGCCACACCCCCGUGUGCAGUGCAGCCCCGUUCCAGGCCCCUUCAAGCCUUGCGAGCACCUCUUUGAGAGCUGGGGCGUCCGCCUGGCCGUGUGGGCCAUCGUCCUGCUGUCCCUGCUCUGCAACGGGCUGGUGCUGCUCAGCGUCUUCGCCGGCGGGCCCGGCCCGCUGCCCGCGGUCAAGUUCGUGGUCGGGGCCCUCGCCGGCGCCAAUGCCUUGACUGGCAUCUCCUGGGGCCUCCUGGCCUCCGUGGACGCCCUGACCUUCGGCCGGUUCGCCGCGUACGGGGCCCGCUGGGAGUCGGGGCCGGGCUGCCGGGCCACGGGCUUCCUGGCCGUGCUGGGGUCCGAGGCCGCGGUGCUGCUGUUGACUCUGGCCGCCGUGCAGAGCGGCGCCGCGGCGGCCUGCGUCCGGGCCCAGGGGAAGGCGCCCGCCCCGGGCGGCGGCGUGCGGGCAGGGGCGCUGGGCUGCCUGGCGCUGGCGGGGCUGACCGCGGCCCUGCCCCUGGCCUCGGUGGGCGAGUACGGGGCCUCCCCGCUCUGCCUGCCCUACGCCCCGCCCGAGGGCCGGCCGGCGGCCCUGGGCUUUGCCGUGGCCCUGGUGAUGCUGAACUCCCUCUGCUUCCUGGUGGUGACGGGCGCCUACAUCCGGCUGUACUGCGCCCUGCCGCGGGGCGAGCCGGAGGCCGCGUGGGACGGCGCCCUGGGGCGGCACGUGGCCCGGCUCAUCCUCGCCGACGGGCUGCUGCACUGCCCGGUCGCCUUCCUCAGCGUGGCCUCCGCGCUCGGCCUGGCCCCCGUCACCCCCGAGGCCGUCAAGUCCGUGCUGCUGCUGGUGCUGCCGCUGCCCGCCUGCCUCAACCCCCUGCUCUACCUGCUCCUCACCCCGCACUCCCGCGAGGACCUGGGGCGCCUCUGGCCCUGCGCGGGCGCCGCCCCAGGCGCCCUGGCCUCUGCUGCGGCCGGUCACCUGGAGAAGAGCUCCUGCGACUCCACGCAGGUCCUGGUGGCCUUCUCCGACGCGGAUCUCGUUCUGGAAGCUUCCGAGGCUGGGCGGCCCCCAGGGCCGGAGACCUAUGGCUUCCUCACGGGCAGCCUCGUCUCCUGCCCACAGCCAGAGAGCCCCAGGCCGGAGGGCAGCCACUUGGUUGAGCCAGAGGGAACCCACUUUGGGGACCGGCAACCCCCCAUGGACGGAGAGCUGCUGCUGAAGGCAGAGGGGGCCGCCCCUGGUGGCGGGGGCGUGGCGGCGGGCAGGGGCCUCCAGCCCUCAGGCUCAGCCUUGGCCCCCCGCGUAUAAAUGGCGCCCCAUCCUUGUCUCCGCCUCCUCCUUCCCUCCCCUCCGUGAACGGUGGCUGUUUGUAAAAUAAAUUCAGCCCGGAUGCAGCCGCGUGGCCCGCGGGAGGGGGUGGCCCAGACCCUGGCUCGCUGGCCUCCUGUGGCCGUCACCAGCGUGUGCUGGUUUCCUUUGGGCCUCUUCUCGGCCACAUCGGAGGCUGUGGAGCGAGAUCUGGAAGUCGGGGUGCUGAGCAGGCCCCGGGUCUGGGCCCUGAUGGAGGAAGGAAGGUCUACGAGGGACCACAGAGGCAGCUGGGCACCUCCCCCGUGGCUCACGGAUUGGACCCAACCCGUGUUCUGUGUCUCUCGAACCUGACGUGUGCCGUGACGACGCGUGCGGGAAGACAUGACACGUGGCGUCCCCCCUCGGAGGGUCACCGGCGGGUCGGGCGGUGCAGGCUCUGCCGACGGCGUCUCCCCGGUUCCCACGUGGCUUGACAACGGGUUCCGUUGGCCUGGUUGGUUUUCGUGGGAUAGCUGACCGCGUCCCAGAGGAUCCGCACCUGUGCCUCCCAGGGCCCCGUCUCCGCCCCGCCCGGUGGCCCCGCAGGCUGGCGGCUCCACAGGACCCUGACCCAAGGCGCCCGAGUCUGGUGCUGAUGUGAAGACUGUGGAUGGAUGGAGCCUGCAGCUCCCUGACCUCCUUCCAGGAAGAAUGAAAGGCCUACUAGGUGUACCGGUUAGUAAUGCGGAUUGGCCCUCUACCGGUUAGUAAUGCGGAUUGGCCCUCUACCGGUUAGUAAUGCGGAUUGGCCCUCUACCGGUUAGUAAUGCGGAUUGGCCCUCUACCGGUUAGUAAUGCGGAUUGGCCCUCUACCGGUUAGUAAUGCGGAUUGGCCCUCUACCGGUUAGUAAUGCGGAUUGGCCCUCUACCGGUUAGUAAUGCGGAUUGGCCCUUUACCGGUUAGUAAUGCGGAUUGGCCCUUUACCGGUUAGUAAUGCGGAUUGGCCCUUUACCGGUUAGUAAUGCGGAUUGGCCCUUUACCGGUUAGUAAUGCGGAUUGGCCCUUUACCGGUUAGUAAUGCGGAUUGACCCUUUACCAGUUAGUAAUGCGGAUUUUGUCAUCAAAGAAAACACGAUAAUUUCAAGAGAAACAUCAAAAGUGCUUUGUUCAAAGUCAUGUCCAUCGCUGGCUACACAUUCCCCAUCUUUCAGGUCAUUUGUGGAGACCGUCCCAAUAGAACUUUCCUUGUUUUGAGGCAGACCAUUCAGAGACCCAAUUUCCCACUUCUUCGCCCGUUUUGAAGGGCUGCUCAGAAAGCGCGUGAGCCGUCGGUCGGAACGAGUGGUCUCUGAGGGAGCAAUACAGCCACACAGCACACACAUCAAAUCGCAUACAUAUCCACACGUGUGUGACCCCCUCUAUUGAGAAAAGCCCGCAUCAUUCACCGGUGCACGUAGCAAGGAUUGGAGGCGGGGCUGAGGAGCCUGAGUGACAGAUGCCCGGGGUCCCCCCCACCCUUCCUGGCUCACCUCUAACUACCUCUGCUCUGGGGCGGCCACGCCUCCCCCCAGCACCCCCGUCACUCACUCCUGGUUCCAGCCCCACUCCCCAGCCGCUGUGUGAAGUGUGAGAAUGGCCACGAUGUAAAUAUUCCGGCUCUUCUGUACAAUAAAGCCCAGUGACGU